AUGUCGGGAUAUCAGAACAAGAAGAGGAAGCAGGACUUUCAACAGCCCCAACAGCAGCAUCAUAGUGCCGAUGAUGAGGUCGACACUUCGAGACCUUCUGCAGUUUUUACGCCGACAGGUGGUCGUCAGCACACGUUGACCAUCGCACUGCCUGGCAGUGUUAUAGCAAACGCUCAAUCACAUGAUCUGAAGACCAUGAUGGCCGCCCAGGUGGCGCGAGCCUGUGCCGUUUUCCAGGUCGAUGAGAUUGUCGUCUUCAACGAUGGCCAAUCACAAAAUGGAGCCCGUCCACGGAAAGGAUUCGAGGGAGACGGCUACACGGGCUAUUCGGACCCUGACGACUUCCUAUAUCACGUCCUCAGCUAUCUGGAAACACCCCCACACCUCAGGAAGACACUUUUCCCUAUGCACCCCAAUCUGAGAACCGCCGGCGCCAUGCCAAGUUUGGAUAUGCCGCACCAUCUCCGCGCGAACGAAUGGUGUCAGUACCGAGAGGGUGUGACGAUAGGCCCAGAUGCCGCGUAUGCAGAGCCUCAGCACAAGCGCAGCAAGGGUAGCAAGGGCAACGCCGUCUCAACUCUCGUUGAUUGUGGUCUGCCUGUAAAGACGCGUAUCCCAGUCGAGGUACCGCCUGGAUCGCGCGUCACCGUAAAGUUUGGAUCUGCUGAUGAGCCUCAAAUGGAUGGCUAUACACCCUUGGACGCCGACGCCGUUUCACCCGACACCCCGAGAGAAGAGACCGGCUACUAUUGGGGCUACUCAACAAGAAUGGCGUCUUCACUUUCGGCAGUAUUCACCGAGUGCCCUUACGAUGGCGGCUACGACAUUAGUUUCGGUACAUCCGAGCGAGGCAUCACAUUAGCGUCUCUGUUUGACUCGUCGGAGAACGAUCCCGAUGUACCACCAGUGCCUAAACAGUGGAGGCAUAUGGUUAUCGUUUUCGGCGGUGUCGCAGGUCUCGAGGUUGCCCUCAAGGCAGACAAGAACUUGACGUCGAAGGGCGUCACGGAAGCCAAAGACGUAUUCGACUACUGGGUCAAUCUCGUGCCUCAGCAAGGAAGCAGAACAAUCCGCACAGAAGAAGCGGUAUGGCUGGGAUUGAUGGGAUUGCGCACAGUAGUGCAGGACCGGCAAGAAGCCGUGUAA